UACACCAUUUUCUGUCUCAGACCCUCUGCGGCAGGCACGCGCCGAUGAUUCUAAACAGCGGACGGCCGAGAUGGGAGUUUCUGGAACUUACAACUUUAACGACUCCAUCGUUUUGCCGAAAGGAUUUUACAUCGUCGGAUUUACGUCUUUACCGUUUUCUCAUUUAUAUUUAAUUUUCUUAACCGUCGUUUAUGUUGUAACGAUUUUGUCCAACUCGUUUAUCCUCUCCAUUAUAUGGACAGACCUCCGCCUACACACUCCUAAGUACAUUGCGGUUGCUAAUUUAGGGGUUGUUGACACGGUGAUAAGUACAGCCAUUAUUCCUAAUAUGAUCAAGAUGUUUCUCGCAAAAGAUAAUUUUAUUUCCUACAAUGCAUGUUUGACACAGAUGUACUUUUAUUACUGUUUUGUAUCGCUAGAGUCAUUUUCCCUCAGUGUACUGGCUUAUGACAGGUUAAUUACGAUAUGUUUCCCACUGAGGCACAGUACCAUCAACACGCCCACGAGCAUGAUCAUUAUUUUAGCGAUUGUUUGGUCGUUUUGUAUAAGCAUCAAUGUGUUCACGACCGUAAUCAUGACAAAACUGUCUUUUUGUGAUUCCGUCGAAGUGUACAGCUAUUUCUGUGACUACGCGCCAGUGUUCAGAUUGUCCUGCAAUGACAACAGAUUGCAGUGGGCCGCCGCUUCUUAUUUGAGUUUAAUUAUUGUGUUUGGACCCCUUAGUUUCAUCGUGUUAUCAUACGUGUGCAUUUUGACAGUCGUGUUUAGAAUGAAACAUGUGCGGAGCCGGUACAAAGCACUUGCAACGUGCACAGAGCAUCUCGUUCUAGUGGCGAUUUUCUACGUGCCGAUCUUGACGGUGUUCAUUAUUGGACUGUUCUUAUUUCGCAUCGAUCCGGAUGUCAGAAUGGUGAACUUGUCGUUAGCCUCGUGCAUCCCGCCCUGUCUGAACCCCAUUGUGUAUUCCCUGUCAACCAAAGAAAUCAAGAACAGAAUACUGGCUAUGCUCCAGAAAGCCAAAAUAGCAGCGUGGACAGGGCAGGUGUAGGCUGAAAGGAUGUAGAAAAUUUUACAUUAUGAAAUGAAUAGCAUCAGUUUCUUUGGAGACCUUGGUGCUUGGCUUCAACUGCGCAUUUCUCUGCGGAAUUAUAAAGCUGUAUUUUACUGUAAAGUACAGUUCAGCUCACUAAGUUCACAUAGACAUGCGCAGUUGAGGCCAAACGUCAAGGUCCAAAAUCUCUGUCCGGAAGUCUAUAGUAGACUACAAGGAGUCGAUUUAUGUUAUACCGUAUUUGACCGCGGUUUUAAUCUCUCAAGACUUAAUUUGUUUUGUCAUUAUGACUGUCUGUGUGUAUGUCAGGUCCCCCUUGAAAAGAGCUCUUAAUCUAAAUGGGGUUUCCUGGUAAAAAUUAAGGAUAAAUAAAAACAAAAGACCGAAAUAUAGAAUGCAAAGUAAUGCAUAGAAAAUGUGUCAUCCUUAUGUUGAUUAAACACUCGGUGUGAUGCAACAGGUCUAAAGGGGCAUGUCAAACCAAUCAGUCCCCUGACAAGUUAAAAUUUAAUAAAGAAAUUCAACGGGAUUAUUAUAGGCUUGGCCAGUGCUAGGCCAAAUGUUGGGUCACAUCAUCUUACCAUUUUAUCCCGGUGUAUUUGCAGGACUAGCCACUGGGCAGUCUCUACAGUUUUUGCACCUUAUCAAAAAUCUGCCGACGCCUUUGAGUUUCUAAUGAGACAUUCAAUACAUUUGUACAACCCCAUUUGAAUAAAAUGUGUGAAAUAACUGUGGUUGUCGACGUGUUGUGCGUUCAGAGAUGACCUCCUACACACCACUGUUGUAAACCGCUGUCAUUUGGGGCAUUUGCGAUCUUUCUGGUGGCUUGAACGAGUCUGCCCAUUUUCCUCAGACCUCUGUAAUUAACAAGGUGUAUUCGGCCACUGAAUUGCCGCAUGCUGGAAGCAUUUUGUUUAUAGCACCAUUCUCUGAAAACUCCAGAGACUCCAGUGCGUGAAAAUCCCAGGAGGGCAACUGGUGCUGAGAUGCUGGAACCAUGCAUGUCUGGCACCAACAAUCACCACCACUGUCAAAGUCACAAAGUCACUUAGAGCAAUGGUCUCAAACUCAGUGCCAUGGAGGGCUGUGUGUAUGCUGGUUUUUAUUCCAGCCUCAGAUCUUGAUUAUAUAAUUAGUUCAAUUAUUUGCUGAAUUCGGGAUGCAGGUUUGCACAUAAUGGUGACCCGGCGUCUAUGGUGACCCAUGUUGUCUAAAUAAAAACUUGCUUAUAUUCUGUGCUUCAAUGCAGUUAAAUGCAUAUGGCUGAAUGAGUAAUUGGACUCAAUUAAGGCAGCAUUAAUUGGCUGGAAUGAAAACCUGCAUACACACGGCCCUCCAUGGCAACGAGUUUGAGACCACUGACUUAGAUCACGCAUUUUGCCCUUUCUGAAGUUUGGUAGAAUAAAAAAAACGAAACCUCAGCACCAUGCCUGCCUGCUUUAUAAACUGAAUUGCAGCCAAAUGAUUCGCUGUUUGAAAGAGAAGGCUAUUGGCCUAAACAAGUGGGUGUACUUAUUAACCUGGCCGAUGAAUCUACAUAAGUCAA